CUCAUCCUGUCUUUCAGAUGGGAUUCUACCACAGGAGGAAGUGUCAACAAUGCAGCUGUUGUGUAAUUUCAUAUCAUUUAAAUUGGCUAUCUUACAAACAUUUAUGUAUUAAUAGAAAGGCCAAAGCUUAUUAUGUAAUUUGCAAUCUUUAGGGUGUUGUGAUAAUCUUUCCACAAUGGGUCAGCGCCUAAGCGAGGACAGUGACCCAGACAAAGAAAUAGAUGUGGCAGAGCUCCAGGAAUGGUACAAAAAGUUUGUGGUGGAAUGCCCCAGUGGAACGUUGUUUAUGCACGAGUUCAAAAGUUUUUUUGGGGUAGCCGAUAACAAAGAGGCUUCAGAUUACAUCGAGAGCAUGUUUCGGGCCUUCGACAAGAAUGGAGACAACACCAUUGACUUUCUCGAGUAUGUUGCAGCUUUGAACUUGGUUCUUAGGGGUAAACUGGAGCACAAAUUGAAAUGGACGUUCAAAAUGUAUGAUAAAGAUGGAAGUGGGUGCAUUGAUAAAACAGAGCUUCUUGAAAUUGUGGAGUCUAUUUAUCGACUGAAGAAAGCCUGUCAUGGAGAGCUGGAUGAAGAGUGCAAUCUUCUGACCCCAGACCAAGUAGUGGACCGGAUAUUUGAGCUGGUUGAUGAAAAUGGAGACGGCGAACUCUCCCUGGACGAGUUCAUCGAUGGAGCGCGGAGGGACAAGUGGGUGAUGAAGAUGCUCCAGAUGGAUGUCAACCCUGGGGACUGGAUGAAUGAGCAAAGACGCAGUGUGAACAUCUAAAGGCUGGAGAAUGGACUGCCACAUAAACAAAGCUUUGGUGUGACACGACACCAAUCCUGCUUUGUCCCACUGUGCUUGCAUGAAUGUAAAUAUUGCACAACAAACUCAAUCGAGCAUAGAUAUGUAGUUAUCAUAUGUUAUCAAGAAAAACAUAUAAAUUAGGAUUAUUAAUUUGUUUUGGUGCAGACUUACUUAGUUGUGCAACUGACCAAAUAUACGAUUUCAGUAUCACUUCGGCUCCAGGCCUAUUUACUUUUCUGUUCUUUAUAUGGAUGCAGUCCCCUCCCCAUUCUGUGUUCUACACUACAAUAAAUGUGCACAGCCACCCAGGCUAA